AUGGCGAAAAUACUUCGAUUCCUCUUACUACCGCCAUGUCUCCUACUUGCCUCCAUCAUUGCACAGCCAUAUCAAACAAUGGAGGAGACCCUCGUCCAUAUCGAUAUGAAGGGUUCUGCAGCUCGUCCCACCUAUCUAAAGCAGUUGUUGGGUCUUGUGGCUCAACUGGGAGCAACUGGAGUCGUGAUGGAAUGGGAGGAUAUGUUCCCGUAUACAGGUGAGUUGGGCAACUACGUGAACGGGUACGCCUACACUCUCAACGAGGUCGACGAUGUGCUCAGCUAUGCUCAACAACUCGGGUUGACGGUAAUUCCUCUGGUGCAAACACUAGGACACGCGGAAUGGGUGCUGAAAAUGGAGGAGAAUCUACAGAUUCGUGAAGAUCCAAAAUAUCCAAUGGUUUUUUGUAUCGGUCACGAACGAGCUCAGACACUCAUUCAAGCAAUGAUUCAACAAGUGGCACAGGUUCAUUCAAAGUACGGUAUGCACUUUUUCCACAUCGGUGCCGAUGAGGCCUAUCAGAUGGGUCAAUGCCCAGAAGAUGUGGCUCUACUAAAUACGAGCGCAUACAAAAAUGACACGAAACGGCUUGUGUUCGAUCAUAUGAAACGAGUUUCCGAGAUCAUCACGGCAAAGCACCCGGGAACAAAAGUUCUCGCUUGGUUUGACGAAUUCAAAACAGCCGAUCCGAAGCUUGUCAAGGAGUACGAGUUGGAGGAUCUCAUUGAGCCGGUCGUCUGGAAAUACACCGACAAUUUGGACUAUUAUCUCCCAUCUGGAAUGUGGCGAAACUUGUCGACAAUGUUCCCAAAUGUUUGGGGAGCAAGUGCUUUCAAGGGAGCCAAUGGAGCCGACAAAAUGGACAACCAAAUGGCUCCAUAUAUUGCAAACAACAAAGAAUGGUUUUUACAAACACUAAAGCAUCGGGAAAAGUUCAGCACAUUUCGGGGUGUCAUUUUGACGGGAUGGUCGAGAUAUGACCAUUUCGCGGCUCUCUGUGAAACGAUGCCCACCUCAAUGAUGUCUCUUGCCGUCAAUUUGCAGAUUGUGCAAAAUUUCGUGGUUACUGAUCGAGCUGCUGUUAACAUGAUGAAAACGUUGAAAUGCCCGGCCGAUACCACUCUUGAUCAGAUAAUGCAAAAUCAGGAUAAAUGCCACUAUCCGGGUUAUCGAGUUCGUGACGCGAUUCGCGACUUCUUGAAGCUUAAAGUCUACUACGAGAACUCGACAUGGAUUCACAAUCGAGAGAGAGGAUGGUUGAAACUCUCACAACAAAUCACCGCUCACACAAAUCCAUAUUAUGUGGACGUUCUUUCAAAAACCUACGGCAAGCUGCUCAGCUCGUUGGACACGGUUUUGAAAAGAUUAAAAUCGGCGAUGGACGAGAUUUUCUUCGAGGAGACAGCUUUGGAGUUUCGGAUCACCUACAUUGAUGAAUUCUACGAGAUGAUCAGCAAGAAAUUGGACGCCAUUGAUAAGGUUGAUCGCCAAAAGGGAUGGCCAAGGAGACCAAUUCUCGGUCGUCUCAUUGUCGAGGCACCCCCAGUUCCACAUCGGACAACGAAGAAACCGCCGACAAAACCAACCACAACUACCAAAGUUCCCCCUACAACAACGAAGAGACCGACUACUACUAGAUCCCCUCCCACUACCACCAUCCGGUCUCAAUCAAAUCGAAAAUCCGAUCGAAAGACAACUCCUUCACCUAAAAAGGAUCCCCUUCCCACACCAACCCCUUUGGGUGGACUCACCGACGAGGAGAAAUUGAUUCUCCGUUCAAUCAAUCCGUAUUUCUCGCGUGCAAAA